AUGUACAAAACUGCACAGAACCCAUUUCAAAACUCUAUACGUCUUGGGACGGCCAUGAUACUCAUUACACUGCACAGUCCAGAACUCGGCAAGCGCGCCUUUGCAAUCGGCAAGGUCGCCGGCGCGCGACAAGGGUCAGUGAGGCCGCAGCUGCCCCGCGAGCCCGACCUGGAUAAUGACGAGAGAGAACUCUUAGUGCGCCUCACCGCCUUGCUUAAAAAUCUGGAUGAUACCUCUGCCGAUUCUACCAGCUCGGUAGAGAGUCAUAUCGAACGCGCCGCGGCAGAGUCAUACCGUCCCUUCGCCAAUGCAAUGCUGGCCACGGCCACCUUUGCGGGGACCAUAACUCUGACGGUCAUCUUGACACCGGGCAACAGCCCAGAUAUACCCGGCCUGGGCGUUCUUACGUACGCAAGUUCGAUAUUCAUCGGAUGUAUCAUGGCAUGCAUAUGUCUUAUCACCUCCAUUGAGGUCAAUGUCCCAUUUGCAUGGCUCCGUCUUGAAGCAACCAUUGUCGGUCUGUUGCUAUUUUCGGCAUUCUUCCUCCUUCUCCUGGCAAGCACGCUGCUGCGUGACAACCAAGGUGCCUUCACACUCGGAUGCAUUUUAUACUUCACCUUUGGGCUGCUCAUCUUGCUGCUGGGUUUAACAGACUGGCUACCGACUCUUAAGAGGUUGCCUUUUUCAGUAAGAAGGAUUCCUCCUACCUUGUGA